AGGGCAGUGUGUGUGUCUGUGUAGCUGUCAGUGUUGAUCCAAACGCACAGCUGAUACAUCCACAGAUCGAUGCCAUGUCCUCGGGGAAGUGAUCAGGAUGAUACACACACAUAUUAUUCGAGGAACCUGCUGUAAUUUGUUCUUCUGAUCAAUCAAACAUUUCUUCGGUUGGGACUCCUCCACCCUUGUUUUCCAAAUUGAGGGGUUAAUAAUCAUCUUGAUCAUACACCAGGAAUUAUUCUGCCUACUUCAAACAUCCAAAGUGACAAAACUGGAGUUGAUGAUAUGGACAAAAUGGAAAAUGCAGCCCAGGAGUCCAGAGCUGAACGCAUAGCUCGCUACAAAGCAGAGAGACGGCGAGAGCUGACUGAACGUUAUGGCAGCCAGGAAGAGGAGCUUCCAUCUAAGUGGUCGAGAAGAGACAGGGAAGGACGCGGUGUCCGUGACUCUAACUAUGUGGAAAAGUCUGUUUCAGGAGGAAUGAAUGGAGGGAUGGGGAGGAAUGGACAAACACCAUUAGAGGAACGGCCUGUUCCUGCAAUGAUCUCCAAUGGAUGUAAGGUGAACACCAGUGGAGAGAACACACACCAAAACAGGGAGUGUUUGUUGGGCUCGUCUGGUACAGUGGAUGGGGAAAACCCUCCAGACUCCCAUGGGCCCUCAACCCCUGACACACGCCAGUUACACACUCAUGUAUCAGUAGGCCAGCUGAAGAGCGCUCUUCUACAGCAAACCUCGAGUCCUGCUCCGUCUAAUAGAGUCACCACUGAUGGUGGCGUGGUGGCCUUGACUCUUGACCUAGCGGUUCAACCAGGUGCCGAGGGAAGUCGUCGGCGUACCCGUCGAUACAUGCCUGGGGAUCCUGCAGGGAGUCGCAAAAACAGUGAACGUUUCCGUACUCAACCCAUCACAGCUUGUGAGAUAAAGGAGAGUUGUGGAACAAUGGACGAUGAAAAUCAGGACACCUCGCAAAUGGAUGUAAAGACAGAUGCCAGAGCCAAGAUGAGUGUAGCUGCCAAGAUGUCUCUGUUUAAAGUAGGUGAAACAAGAGCCCACCGUAUCUCUUUAGCAACUGCUGCUGCCUGAAUAGAAAAAGGUCAUUGCCAUGGAUGGAAAACA